GUCUGAAACUUUUAAAAACAAAAAGCUACUUUUUAAAGAUGGCUUCUGCUAAAACGAGUCUAGAGGACGUCUUUCAGAGCUUCUGCUCCUUUGGUGAAGGACUCAAAGGUAGUGCUGCCAUGGAUAAUGCCAAGUUUGCCAAGCUGACCCGUGAUGUGAAGAUCCUCGACAAAAAAUUGACUUCAACCGACGUUGACAUAAUCUUUUCUAAAGUGAAAGCCAAAACUGAUCGUAAAAUAAACUUUGAGCAAUUCAAGGAAGCCGUGAGGCUAAUGGCUGACAAGAAAUAUCCCGGUGAUCCGGAUGGAGAAAGGAAACUUAUUGACAAGAUAACAGCAGGGAGUGGACCAAAGGUCCAAGGUGUUACAAAAACAGUCGAUAGUCCUCUUCUUGAGAGAAUGACUGACACAUCAAAAUACACUGGAACGCAUAAAGAAAGAUUUGACGAGUCGGGCAAAGGAAAGGGACUGGCAGGGAGAGACUCUUUUCAAAAAGGAGCAGGAAUGGCCCCUGAUGGUUUUAGUGGAAAUGCUUCGUAUGUUCAUGGCUAUAAGCAUGAAGGGACUUAUGACAAGAAAGUGAAGAAAUAAUGAAAGAAAUGACACCCCCUUAUCUCAUUAUACAUGCGUACUUAUGCUAUCCAUCAAUUUAUUUUCUCAUGAAUGAUUAUCUUUCUUAGCUACAAAAUACAAUUAUCAUU